GCAUUACUACUCAAACGAGCCCAAGGUUAGGGGUAGGGACAAACGAGCCCAAGGUUAGGGGUAGGGACGUCCCAAGGAUCUUUCGCCUUACUACUCAAACGAGCCCAGGGUUAGGGACGUCCCAAGGAUACGUGUUAGCACUAACCAUUGAAUGACGGCUGCUGCUUCCGAGGGGAUGGCUAGCUAAACAAUGACAAAAAUAUAUCAUUCUACAAAUCAAGAAGAAACAUUUCGCUUUUGCAAACUACUUGGAUUAACCAAAGUGUUCGGAUUAAAUGCGUGCAGUUAGGUAGUUUAUUUGGUGACCGUGUGCAUGCAUGUUGUUUAAAUUACUGUUUGAUUCAACUAACUUAGCUAGCACAUGCGAAGUAGCUAACAUGUCAGCUAUUGGUAUCUAAAGUUGAAACACGCAACUGAUUUAUUAUUGAGUUGCAUGAUCGAGAAAUGGAUAGUAUACACGUUUACAGUGCUGGCUAGUGUCAAAACGUUCGAUCUUUUUAUCGGGGUGUCUCGCUGGUCGAUUGCUAUGUGCCAGCAGCUGCAUACAGCUGUCUAAAAUUUAACUAGCUAGCUAGCUUGCCUUGAUUCACUAAUCUCAAUGAUGGCACACUGCAGUUCAUCAGAUCCAAGUGGGAAGAUACCCCGUCCAGAUAGCAGCGCAGUAUUGAUGGCAGGAUCUCCCAGAAGCGUUGAUCAGGCAAUGAGGCCGGUGUUGUUUGAAAUAUUUGGAGAAAUUUGGAACGUCCAGGCCCGGCUCGGGCAAGGCGUCUCGGCCUCGGUAUACCGGGUGAGCUCAGGAAGGACGAGUACGGCCGCGGUUAAGGAGUUCCUAGCGGACACUCAGGGCGGAGAUUACGGGUACCACAAGGAGAGGUCCGUGCUGGAAGACAUCCAAGGACACAAAAACAUCGUAACGCUGUAUGGGGUGUUCACCAACCACAGCCAUGUGGGCGUGGCCACACGCUGCCUGCUGCUGGAGCUGCUGGAUGUCAGUGUGUCUGAGCUGCUGGUUAGGGCCAGUACCCAGGGCCAGGCGGGCAGCCCCCAGAGUGGUGGUGCCCAGCAGCAGGGCCACUCCAUGUGGCUGGUGCAGCACUGUGCCAGAGACAUCCUGGAGGCCCUGGCCUUCCUCCACCGAGAGGGCUACGUCCAUGCAGACCUCAAGCCCCGCAAUGUGCUCUGGAGUGCAGACGACGAGUGCUUCAAACUCAUCGACUUUGGACUCGGCUUCAAGGAGGGUAACCAGGACGUGAAGUACAUCCAGACGGAUGGGUACCGUGCCCCGGAGGCUGAGCGUCAGAACUCGCUGUCCCAGGCGGGGCUGGAGGUGGAGGGCAACUCUUGCUGCUCGGCCGCUGUGGACCUCUGGAGCCUGGGUAUCAUCCUGCUGGAGAUGUACUCAGGCAUCAAACUCAAAGACACUGUCAGGUCACCCGAGUGGAAGGACAACAGUGCAGCAAUAGUCGACCAUAUCUUUGCCAGUAACAGUGUGGUGUGUCCUGCUAUCCCUGUCUAUCACCUCAGAGACCUGAUCAAGAGCAUGCUUCACAACGACCCCAAGCACAGAGGCACAGCCGAGACGGCCCUGCUUAGCCCUUUCUUCAGCAUUCCCUUUGCUCCUCACAUAGAAGACUUGGUUCUGCUGCCCUCUCCUGUUCUGCGCCUGCUCAACCUCAUUGAUGACAGCCACCUACACAAUGAGGAGGAGUAUGAAGACAUCUUGGAGGACAUGAAGGAGGAGUGUCAGAAGUACGGCUCUGUGGUCUCUCUUCUCAUUCCCAAGGAGAACCCAGGCAAAGGACAGGUGUUUGUAGAAUACGCUAACGCAGGCGACUCCAAAGAGGCCCAGAGACUGCUGAUGGGACGGACCUUUGAUGGGAAGUUUGUCGUUGCCACAUUCUACCCCCUGAGUGCUUACAAGAGAGGCUACUUGUACCAGACCGUGCAGUGAACACACACGCUCACACACCGUCAGCUGAAGAGCACAGGCCUAGGCCCCAGUCAGUCAGUCUCUGUCAUGAUGUGGAUACUUAUAUCAGAUCACCACUCUGCUUUCUGCAGCCUCUAGGGCAAGAGUUAACCUACUGUGCCCUGUAGCUUUAAUUACUGUAUAUAGCAACAGUAUGGAUUAUACAAAUAUCCUUUCACAAUUUUCCAUGUCCUCCUAUGGGGAUGUAUACUGCUGGAGGCUGCUGUUAACAUUGAUCCAUAUUGGUCAUAUGUUUAUCAGAGGGUAGAUGGCUUGACUCUCAGUAGAUAGAUACACCCUCACUGGCCACAACUGUCCCACUCUGCACACUGAGCUGAUGUCAAACCCUGAACAAGACAAAGAGUACAGUACCAAGUGCCCUAUGGGUUUCUCUCGUAAACCCAGCAGGCUUUUUAGCUUGAAUAUCCUAUGUUUAUUUAAGUAAUUGAAACUGUUCCUACUGAUUGAUCUUGGGUCUCUCUUGUUAAAGGCUGAGCCACAAUUUCAUCUUGUCCAAAGUUACCUUCCUAUGACAUAUUUUUCUAUGAGAUUUUGAGACUUGAAUUCCAAAGGUACCACUCCAGAACAUCAGUAGAAUCACGUUCUGAGACUAAAGUCCAACCAUUGAACUGCGGCACUUUUCUAUGGUACAUAAAAAAAUCAUCUAAUCUUUAGUAAUUUCUACCAUAUGUUUUUAUAUAAUACAUUCUACCUUAUAUAGUGUUAUUCAAUUUUGUCCAAAUUGCCACAUAUACCAAGUUUACUCCUGAAUGGUUGGGCUGAUGUAAAUGGAAGUUCAGUUUUCGAUACGUUAUGAAAGGGAUGGGUAAUUCCCUAGCUCUGUACAGUACAUAGCAACAAGCCUACUGUACGCUCAGGACCCAUGAAUAGGGUUUUCACAGUGGAAUAUUUCAGUUGGAUAGCAUUACAGCUGUGUCAGUGUUGUAGCACAGUAGCUGACUAUUCCAGUUCUGUCUGUGAGUUUUAUAGUCUGCAUGUCAAAUCAGUGUGUGAGAGCAGAGCUAGUUUAGUUGUUUGUUGACUAUGGUGAGAUUAUAGAAUAAUUCAAGACUUUUGUAGCCUCUGUCGUGUGUUGAAGAUGUUGAAAUGAACAACAAAAUGUUGCAUGCACUGAACUGAAUUGUUAGAGGCAGUAUUUAUUCUGACAGUUUUGACUCUCCCCCUUGUCUGUCUGCUGCUCAUAUUCAGGCCAAUGACCCUGUGAAUCUUAGGCUGGGCACAGAGGCUUCUGAAUCAGUAGGCUGGCAUUGAAACUAGAACAGUUUCAAGCAGGGGGCUAGUGGCAUCCUGCCCAUCUAUAUAAAUACUGCAGCACCCCUUAGCGGUAAGGACUUGUCUUCCUAUAUUAUACCUACAGUAGCUGAUCUUCUAAAACUCCAUCCUGCCUGCCCAACCUCUCCAGAUGCUCUUUAAGUUAUUUGAGAAAGAGACCAUAUUUACAUGAGCAAAAAUAACUACUAUUUAAAGCACAUUGUUGAUACACUGCGAUUUACUCCAUUUGUAACUCACACUUUCAGUCAACUGGCAUCAUGCGACAAGUGUGAAUGCUGAUUGAGACAUCGUUGACGACGUCCUGCCUAAAUGUGAAGUACUGACUCUAGGACCUCUGAGUGACGUACCAUCAAUAUGUGAGGUGAUCCAUACUAAAUGUAGUCCACUGCCUUAGCUACCUUCUCUGUGUUUAUAAUCUAGAGUCUACCACUAUAAUGCUCCCAUUUAGUAUAUGUAUGUUUAGGCACACAAUAGAUCCCAAUGAAAGCCUCCAUGGAUUCCUUCCUAAUCCCCACAACCAUUGAACAUGAUUAUGACAUUUCUUUAUGGAAAACAUUUCAGGGAGCUCCUUUGUGUUUUGGUUACACUUUGGGUCAGCUAUCUGAAUGCAGUGUCAGUUUCUUUUCUUCUAUGUCUUCUUAUAUAUAAGUACUCAUGAGUAAUUCUAAGUAUCUGAUAAAGCUGGAAUUGAUUUGUGGGCAAGGCGAUGUCAGGUAUUAGUCCAUUUGCACAUAGGUAGCAAGAUACUGGUACCCCCUGUAUAUAGCCUCGCUAUUGUUAUUUUUACUGCUGCUCUUUAAUUAUUAGUGACUUUUUAUUUAGUAUUAUUUUAUAUAGUAUUUUUAUUUAUUAUUAUUUUUAUUUUUUUGAUACUAGGCCUAACUCCUAUAUGAUAUGUUCUAAUAGCAGAGGAUAUAAUAUUAGGAUUAGAAUGCAGGUGGCAGAGCAGGAUUCCUCUGGACGGUGACUAUGAACACAAUACUGAUGAGGGAAAACCGGUACAGACGCUACAUGAGAGCAACAGUAACAGAGGGAGAGGGAGCUCUGCUGUUAGUAAGUCAAGAGUACAUGUCACCAGGGCAGUAGCCAGGGUCUGAGUUUUAGUGAGAUCAUCCAAGAAAUGAAGGAAGUUGAAGCUCAUUUACUGCAUUUCUAUAAUAAAAUUGAUCCUGUUUAUUGCCCAACUCCAUGUCGAGAGGAAGCAGAAUGAUUGUAUAACUGUCUCUGUAAAGUUUUGUUGUGGUACUCUGAGCAGUUGUAGAAAUAUCACUGAGCAGCCUCCCGACCGGGCCAACCCCAAUCUAUUUAGAAACGGAUGGAAGGAGUGUCUCUGUUUGCAGACACGCUGGGCAAUCAGAGAGUGUGGGUUUGUGUUUGGGUGUGUGUGUGCGCCUGUCAGCCCUAUUCCUGUUCCAAUAAAGCACCUCCAUCCCACUCCAGCCCUGACAUCUGACCCCCUAACCUUACAGACCAGUCCAGCAGAGGACCAGAGCCUUGUUAAUAUGCAUAAAGCCCCUCUUUAGGACUCUCAGAUUUUGCCAACUGGACAGAACGGCCCUGGUCCUCAUCCGUCCAUAUACACACGACACAGGAAGGAAGCUUUAUAGCUAAAUAUACAGGGCUUUAAUGGUGUGGAGAUGAGUGGUCAAGGUGAGGCCUGGAGUGGGAUUGGGGUUAUUAGGCAAAUGAGGAGGGAGGCAGGUCACUGGGUUAAUGUGUAUCAGUGGGGGGAUAUUGAAUGAGAAGUGUGUGUGUGUGUGUUAGUCUGUGGAUACUGAAGGGGUGGGCCGGAGGUGUGUCAAGGCUGAAAAUGAGCAAUGCCUCCCAAGCUGACACUGUACUUCAUCUCUCUCGUUCUCUCAUUAGAAGCCAGUGUUGACUCAAGUUGCUGCAGUAACGCUUAGCUGGGUAUAAAGGUUAGAGAUUACAGAGUGUGUGUUUACAUGUAUAUUCAUUUAUAGUGGUUUGUAUGUGGGGAUGCUUCCUGCAUCCUCCCAGCUUGUUGUUGAUAGGCAUUGUUAUGUUGUUUCAUUCAGGUUUAUUAGUUAGUGGAGUUAUGCUGUUACAGAACUGCUGUUGCCAGAGAUGAUUUGCACAAAUUGGCGAUUUCCUAAACUGAAUUGAAUCAACCCUGCUUUACAGCACUGAUCAAAUGAAAGACAAAUCUAAGUCCGCAAUGAUGUAGACCAAUCCCCCGUCGCCACAUAGUAUCCAAAAAAACAAAGAUGACAGGCUUGAAAUUAGGCAUUUUAUUGUCAAUGCUUUGUCUGCUAGGCAAUAUUGAAGGAGUCUCCGAAGACUACAGCACUGAUACCAAUGUGUUAUAUAUAAAUCAUGUCCCUUCCCCACUCAAAGACAAUCAUGAUGAUUUUCACUGUUGCCUUUCUAUGUUUUGAGCAACAUGUCUCCUUUUGGGUUUUGUGAAAGCCUGCUGCAUUGAGCAGCUGUCAGCCCCCCUGUUACAAAGAACAACUCUGUCUCCAACAGAACUAAAACUGACUUGAAUGUGAAUAUCUCACUCUGAGAUCACUCCACUCACACUAUCUGAUCUGUGUGAUCAGGAUUAUCAAAGGCACAUAUUUUGAGUAUAAAACAAGUGUAUGUAUGAUGGAACAAGCGUGUGUGAGUCCAUGCAUUGCCACAUAGAACCCUGUGAUUGUAAGGGAGUGAUUAUAUAUGUUCAUAUUGUCGCUGUUUGCAUAUCUCAAAAUAAAGAAAGCUAUACUUGA